AUUGAGUACUGUGGUGAGAUAUUUGAAAACAAAACUCAGAAAACAAAUCCAGUUAAUACGACGUUUAUGUAUGUUUUAUGAGUGUUUGUUCAAAGCGCUCGGAGCUUAUAGCGCUGGAGCUGAGCAAAUACGAGUCAGUCUGUGAAAGUGAAAGUAAGUUAGCUGCGUAAAACCACAGGAGAAACCAACAGAAUGGCCUCCAGUGCAUCACAGUCUGAGGUGGACUGUACCUGCCCUGUGUGCUGUGAUAUAUUCACGGAUCCUGUGCUCUUGUUGUGCGGUCACAGCUUCUGUAAGGACUGUCUUCAGCAGUGGUGGAGAAAGAGUGGAGAGCAGACAUGCCCGGUCUGUAAGGAAAUAUUUCCGAUGGCUCAGCCUCCACGAAAUCUGGCACUGAGAAACCUGUCUGACACCUUGAGACAAGAGAUUGGUCAGAGAGCUAAAUCAGGGUCUGAGGAGAUGUGCAGUCUGCACGGUGAGAGGCUGAAGCUCUUCUGUCAGGAUGAUCGACAGCUCAUCUGUGUGAUUUGUAGGGAUUCACAAAAACACAAGAAACACAACUGCUUCCCCAUCAACGAAGCAGCAGAUUCCUACAGGGCUCAACUCCAGCUGAAGAUCCUGCAUUUAAAAACAAAACUGGGGUCGUUUAAAGCACAAAAAGUCACCUGUGACAAAAUGGCCGGCCACAUCAAGCUCCAGGCUCAGCAGACUGAGAAGACGAUCAAAGAGGAGUUUCUGAAGCUUUACCAGUUCCUGCGAGCAGAGGAGGCUGCCAGGAUUGAUGCAGUGAGGAAAGAGGCGACGCUCAAGAGUGAAGCGGUGAACAUCAGGAUUGUUAAUCUGACUGCAGAGAUCUCCUCGCUUGAAGACAGAAUCAGAACCACAAAGAGGGAGAUGAUGGCUGAGAACAUCUCAUUUAUGCUGAAUGUCAGAUCCACAAUGAAGCGAUCCCAGUGCAACCUGCCAGACCCAGAGACUCCAUCAGGAGCCCUGAUUGACGAGGCCAAACACCUGGGGAACCUGCUGUUCACAGUCUGGAGGAAGAUGAAGGACAUAAUCCAAUACACUCCUGUAACUCUGGACCCCAACACUGGCGACUCGCUAUUGAUUAUAUCAGAACACAUGACCCGUUCGACAGAGAACAAGACUAAGCCGCUUCCUAGAAACCCAGAAAGGCGGCAGACCUGGGACGUUCUCGGCUCUGAAGGGUUUGGCUCUGGAAAACACAGCUGGGAUGUGGAGGUGGGGCUGGACUGUUGGGCUGUUGGUGUCGCUGCUAGAACCAAGAAUCCAAAAGGGUUCUGGGGCAUCCUCAGACAUGCUGCAGACGUUCUGUUAGAAUAUACUCAACAGGAUUAUGACAGAAUCGACUUCAAGGGUACAGAGCCCCAAAAGAUCAGAGUGCAUCUAGAUUAUGACCAAGGCAUACUGUCAUUUUUUGACAUUGAUAGAAAAAGACCUGUACACACCAUCAAAUACACUUUCACUAAAACUGUCUUUCCAUAUUUUCGUGGGAAUGUGAAAAUCCUCCCAGCUGUAGUGUCAGUGAGGAUAAAACAGUAGGUGUAA